UUUUACAUUAUUGACACUGACAACGUCGAUUCAAUCGGUUUAAAUCCUAGGUUUUUUGCUCCAUCCGAUGUGUUGAGCAAGAUGGGAAGACUGUCUAGUGUUUUGCGAUUGAUUUGCGUGGUAUCAGUUUAUAUAUAUCAAGCAGGAUGUGAUGAACACAACCAUGUAUAUGACAAGGCGGAGGAAGUGGUCCUGUGGAUGAACACGGUUGGGCCCUACCACAACCGUCAGGAAACAUAUGAAUACUUCUCCCUACCGUUCUGCAGCGGGCCUAAGGAGAGCAUUAGCCAUUACCAUGAGACUCUGGGAGAAGCCCUACUGGGGGUAGAGCUGGAGUUCAGUGGUCUUGGGAUAGACUUCUUAGCCGAUGUGCCCAAAAUUCAGUAUUGUGAAGUGGAAUUGAACCAGGAAAAAUACCAGGCAUUUGUGUAUGCAGUGAAGAACCAUUACUGGUAUCAGAUGUACAUAGAUGAUUUACCAAUCUGGGGGAUUGUUGGUGAAAUAGAUGAGGGUGGGGAUGGGUAUUAUAUUUGGACACACAAAAAGCUAGACAUUGGCUACAACAACAACCAAAUUGUAGAUGUGAAUUUGACCAGUGAACACAAGUACAAGUUAGAACCCUCAGCCAAAAUACCAUUUACAUAUGAGGUAAAAUGGCACAAGUCAAAUGUGAAUUACAAGGACAGAUUUGACAAGUACCUAGAUCCUAACUUCUUCCAGCACAGGAUUCACUGGUUCUCCAUUUUCAAUUCCUUCAUGAUGGUGAUCUUUUUGGUGGGGCUGGUCAGUAUGAUCCUGAUGAGAACCCUGCGUAAGGAUUACAUCCGAUAUGGCACCAAGGAUGAGGAUCUGGAUGACAUGGAAAAAGACCUUGGUGAUGAGUAUGGUUGGAAGCAGGUACAUGGGGAUGUGUUCAGGCCAGCCUCCCACCCUAUGCUCUUCUCUGCUCUUAUUGGUACUGGAUAUCAUAUCUCUGUUGUCGCUGGAUGUGUCAUCACUUUUGCCAUUCUGGGAGAACUUUACACUGAACGAGGCUCCUUGUUAAGUACAGCCAUAUUUGUGUACGCUGCCACAUCACCAGUCAAUGGCUACUUCGGAGGAAGCCUUUAUGCCAGGAUGGGAGGGAAAGUGUGGAUUAAGCAGAUGCUGUUGAGUGCCUUCUCUCUGCCAGCUCUUGUCUGUGGUACAGCUUUCUUCAUUAACUUCAUUGCAAUUUACUACCAUGCUUCACGUGCCAUUCCCUUUGGUACUAUGGUGGCUGUCACCUGUAUCUGUAUCUUUGUGAUAUUACCGCUGACCCUGGUGGGCACAGUACUGGGCAGAAACCUAGCUGGUCAGCCCAACUACCCCUGUCGCAUCAACGCUGUGCCCAGGCCCAUCCCAGAGAAAAAAUGGUUUAUGGAACCUGCUGUGAUUGUUGUGUUGGGGGGCAUCCUUCCAUUUGGUUCUAUUUUCAUUGAAAUGUACUUCAUCUUCACCUCAUUCUGGGCCUACAAGAUCUACUAUGUGUACGGCUUCAUGCUGCUGGUCUUUGUUAUCCUGGCCAUUGUCACCAUCUGUGUUACUAUUGUCUGUACAUACUUCCUACUCAAUGCAGAAGACUAUCGCUGGCAGUGGACAAGCUUCUUAGCAGCAGCCUCCACUGCAGGCUAUGUGUAUAUGUAUUCAUUCUACUACUUUUUCUUUAAAACAAAGAUGUAUGGGUUGUUUCAAACAACAUUUUAUUUUGGGUACAUGGCCCUGUUCAGUAUAGCAUUAGGUUAUAUGUGUGGUACAUUUGGAUAUGUGGGAACAAGUGUGUUUGUCCGAAAGAUCUAUUCUACAGUGAAAAUUGAUUAGUGUGUCGGUAACCUGUGAGAUAUGCACUGCGGACUGUUCUUGUCAAUCUGAUGACAAGUGUGAGAAGGCUUUCGGCUGGACUGAACUAAUAGGAAUUUUUAUUGUGUGGUGAGUGGCUGGAAGACCAUCACUUUGUUACUGUUAACAAGAUUUUAUGCGGGCCAAAGAGGCUUGCUAAUGCCUUUGUUCAAAGACGUUGAAAGUUGCACUUUGUGUGGCAUCUUUUUCUGUGGGGGGCAAGGUGUGUGUUCCACCAUAUAGAAAAAUUGUGCGCGGUGGAGAAGCAGAAUAGGGAUUCUGUCCUACUCACUUACACAUACUGGUAUGAGAGGAUAUUCAACAACAUCUCUUCCUGUUUGUGUCUUUUGUUUCAUAUGCCUGUCACUGGGUAAAGUGUAUUGGUGAUUGUCAUUUGUGUUGAACAUCAUGUAAUUAUUUCAUGGUAGCGGGAGUCAUCGUCAUCAUGUGAGUUCAAGACUAAAAAGUCAAAUGCUGAUCAUUUGACUGUUAAUCUUAUAAUCUGUGUUGCCAUGGUACUGCUCUUCUGUUAUUUUUCACAGAUGUUAGUUUGGAACAGGUCUAUCUUCCCAGAAGCAAUGUGUAAUUAUUGCAGCAUGCACACACAAAGAAACAAGAUCAGUACUACCUACCGCAUUGCUGAUGAUGGUUAACAUGCAGAAUGUAUAAGGUAACUUGAUUGUUGGUAACCUUGUCUGCAUUGCUGCUGCCCAUGAGCUCUGUUCAGUUUUCAGUAUAACUAUUCCUGUAUGUUUUUAAGAUGCACAGAAGGUUAGAGUCAGGGUGUCCAUCAGUAAUAUUUUCAGAAAUUAGUCAAAUUAAUUGCAACAUGUUUUCUUUUUCAUUAAUGCAAAUUGAUGCUUCUUCUUGUUAGACUUAUAUGUGCAUGAUAAAUUACACAUUUACCCUAAGCAUCAGAAAGCGAGUUAACUGGACACAGCCCUGGCAGAUGUAUUUUAAAAAUGCAUGCAUGUCAAUAAAGCAUCAUAUCAGGUCAUCAUUGUAUAGCUGAAUAUAUAUGCCCCAAGAAGCUGUACAAUAUUUAAUGUGUUUACAUUCAUUUAACUACCCAUGAAGUAGUUUGAAUGGAUAGUUUCAAUGCUUCAAGUUUCAAAUGCCAGAUUGUUAGUAAGCAUUUAUUUCCAGUGUAGCGUGUGAUUGUAUCGUGUUAAGGGAGGUAAUAUGAUUGGUGUCACCUUAGCACAUACCAUAUAUAUAUAUGUCAUCAUCAUGUCAGAACAUAUUUGUGAUGUUUUAUAAUGAAAUGUGCAGGGGGUAUGUAGCAUUAGCUUGUAGUUUAUCAAGACAGGUCUGUCUUACAGAAUGUAAAAUGAUCAAAAGUUCGGAUAGGCAUAGGCUGUGUUAUGUAUAUUUUUGGAUGUGUGGAUUUUGGUUUUUAACAUUGACAUAUAACUUCAGAAUGCACUAGCAUUGGUCCAUUUUCAAUUUCUAAUCAAUAGAAGCAGAUGUUUGGCUACUUUGGAUGAAAAAAAUUGCCAAGCAGAUGCUAAAUACAACAAAACUGUACCUUAAUUCUGUGCAUUCACCACUGCUACCAUUGCUACCAUUGCUGUCUGCUGGCUUGCCAAUCCUGCUAAUUGUGUACAUAAUGUUUACAGCUACAGAUUUAUGCCUCGUAAAGAAGUGGCAGUCCAUCAUGUCUCAGUCCAGGCUCAGAGCAUAGCUGAGUGAUCAUGCUGGGGUUGUCAAUUCUUAUGUUCAUACACAAGUCUGUCUGAAGUAGAAUGAAAGCAUGUGUUCCAAUAUUGAGAAAUUUGAGAAAAUAUUUAUGGAAAGGUAUUUAGUUUUCAUUCAUUUAUAUGUACUUGAUGGUAUAUUAUUGUAUAUACAUGUAUUCAUUGAAAGAUUUUAUGUAACCUGGCAGUCUACUUGCCAACCACUCUUGACGCAUGUAUGUGUACUUAAGGUCAUAUGGCGUAAAUGUCCAUCAAAAUGUCAUAAUGUUCUACUAAAUCUGGGAAUAGUCAAAUCGCUUGUUAAUGUUAAUGGAUCUUUGUGGGGACAAAAUCCAAUGGCUGUACAUGGUUUGUUAUGUAUUUGUGAAUAAAGGAUUUGACUUCAUGACAAAGAA